AUGGGACCAUCGCACCAUGUUUAUUUCAAAGGACAUGUAAAACUUACUGGGUAUGAAGCUUAUCAGACGCCUCUGGGGAACGUGCCUGUCGAUACCGAGAUCGUCAAAGACCUUUUAUCCAGAAACGACUCGUUGUUCAAGGUUAUGUCCGAGCAAGUAGAUGAGGAUGAGCAUAGUUUUGAGAUGCAUAUGCCUUAUAUCUACAAGAUGACAGAGAAUCUCCAAAAGACUCCAACGAUUAUACCCAUUAUGAUAUCGCACUCGGAUGAAGACUUUGAAAAGAGACUGGCGAGUUAUCUGGCGCCUUAUUUUGCUGACAGAUCAAACACGUUCGUGAUAAGCACAGACUUUUGUCACUGGGGAGAUCGGUUUGGGUAUACGAUGUACACUUCGGGAGAUCCGUUCACGUUGACUGACGUAGGAUACAGUCUGGAGAUGAAGCCUAACUCGCUUCCCAUCUACAAGUCAAUUGAAAUCCUAGACAAGGAGGCAAUGAAAAUUAUGUCAACCAUCUCGUACAAGAGCUGGAAGCACUACCUCAAGGUGACCAGCAAUACGAUUUGUGGUGCGAAGCCGUUGAGUGUGCUGAUCUCCAUGAUGGAGGAUUCCGGGAAGGCUGACACCAUCAAGUGGCUUGGCUAUGCUCAGAGCAACAAGGUGUCGAAACCGUUCGACAGCAGUGUGAGUUAUGCCAGUGGCUAUGCGAUUGUUUGA